CAUCGUUUCCUGGAUAAAAGAUGGCAGCUAUUGUUAGAGAUCCAGACUUUGAUGUACGUUCCAGAGCAAACUCAUCAACACUGAUAAUUUACUAUCCAACAAGUGACCACCAGGGCAUAUUUGCUUGUCACAUUUCAAACAAAUAUGGAAAAGCCUGUACUUCUUGUAUAUUAAAAGUAACUGAUUAUGAACACAAGCUUUGGGCUGGAACACCUCAGAACGUUAAAGUUGAGUCAGUACUGUGUGAAGAACAAAUGAUAGAGGAAGAACUUGAGUCAUUCAUCUAUAGUGGUCUCGAUAAAAAAUUCACUUUGCAGGUACCGCAGGCAGUCAUCCAAGUUCCUCACACUUCUGCCGCUUCCUUUCACUCUUCGCCAGUGGAAAUCAGAAUUACCGCUCCAACACCAGUACUCGAUAUUACUGAGGAACCUACAGGCACAUUUGAACCCACUGCCAAGAUACCCGAGGCGCCACCUAGUGAGAGCACGCUUCAAACUAUGAAGCACAAGUUUACAUUUUCUUUUGAUGUUGGUGAGGCACCACAGGUUGUUACAGAGCUAAAGAACAUCAGCUGCUCCGAGGGCCACACUGCCAUUCUUGAAUGCAUAAUAUCUGGUGAACCAGCACCUAAUGCCACAUGGUCACAAGAUGACAAUUUCCUUGAUCAUAACAUGGGCAAAUACAAGUUUGAGGAGGAUGAUAAAACCUACAGACUUUACAUAUACAAUUUUACAUAUGCUGAUGCAGGAACAUAUAGAUUUACUGCCACUAACAAGCUGGACAAGUUGAAAGUGUAGCUAAUGUGUCAUUUGACUCCA